AUGACACGAGCGAGCGCUGAUUACUUUCUCUGUUUUCAGGCCAAGGCUAAGGCAGCAGCACCCACAUCAUCCAGCGGCGGCAAGUCUGCUAAGAAGAAGAAGUGGUCCAAGGGCAAAGUCAAGGACAAGGCGCAGCACGCCGUCGUUCUCGACAAGCCGACCUACGACCGUAUCCUCAAGGAGGUCCCGACCUUCCGCUUCAUCUCGCAGAGCAUCCUCAUCGAGCGUCUGAAGGUCAAUGGGAGUCUCGCGCGAGUGGCGAUUAGGCACCUGGAGAGGGAGGGGCAGAUCAAGCGGAUCGUCCACCACAGCGGCCAGUUGAUCUACACGCGGUCAACUGGUGGAUCUGACUAG